AAUAAAGUAUUCAGCGCUUGAAGGAGAUCCACUUAUCUGAACAUCUGAACAAAAUGAUCACGGUGUUCGUCGUGGCUCUGCUUUCUGUUUUCACGAUGUCUGUUGUCUCUGUUUGUGAUGGAUUCAAGCCGUUCGACUGUUCUGAAAUAUACAAAUCAGGACAAACAGGCAGUGGGAUUUACUCCAUCUAUCCAGCCGGCAACACUCCUGUCUGGGUUUACUGUCAGAUGAUUUCAGAAGGAAAAGUUCAAGACAAUGGAGGAUGGACGGUGUUUCAGAGACGAUUGGAUGGCAGGAUUAACUUCUAUCAGCCGUGGGAAGAGUACAAGAGAGGAUUCGGGACCACCGAGGGGGAAUACUGGCUGGGGCUGGAGAACCUCUACCAGCUGACACGCCACAAGAACUACAUGCUGAGAGUGGAUCUGGAGGACUUUACUGGACGGAGAGGUUUCGCUCAGUACUCGUCCUUCUCUGUGGGUUCUGAAGCUGAAGGGUAUAAACUGCAGAUUUCUGGCUUCACUGAUGGUGGAGCAGGAGACUCGAUGACCCACCACAAUGGAAUGAAGUUCAGCACCUAUGACAAGGACCAAGACAUCGAUUCAAGGAAUUGUGCCAGACUGCGGCUUGGAGCUUUUUGGUAUCGAAACUGCUACUAUGCAAAUCCCAAUGGUGUUUAUAUAGGUGGAGAAGACAGCACCAUUUAUGCAAUUGGAGAUGUUUGGUACAGCUGGAAGAACAACGCUAAUUUUGGUAUGAAACUCAUCACCAUGAAGAUCAAACCUGUGUCUUAGAUGUUUGAAGAGACAAGCAACAAAACAAUGAAAUUUAGCCGUAAGGGUUUACUUUGCUCUGUCAGCUGAGUCUGUGUGUACUUAAAAUCUUUAAAUUGUUUGUAUUAGAUCAAUUAUGCAUCAACAAUAAACUAAAAUAAAUCUGUGCAAAAAAGGCA